CUCUCCCGGACCAAGCGUCCUCGACUCUAUAUGGUCUAUCCGCGUGCCCCUCAAGAUUAGAAUCUUCAUGUGGCAAUGGAUCCGUGGCCGGCUUCCCUCGAGCGUGGAGGUCCUGAAGCGCCAGGGUCCCGGUGAUGGUAUCUGCCCCGUAUGUGGGACGGCAGAAACCUCAAAUCACAUCUUCUUCUCGUGCGUAUCCGCCCAGUUUCUUUGGGGCUGCCUCCGAGAGGUCAUCGGUGGCAACUGGUGUCACACUAACUUCCCUGAUCUCCUCUCUGAGGUUCAGUCCUCCCCCUUGUCUGGCCGCCACAUUAGGUAGUUGCUCAUUGGGGUGCUCGCCUGGACGCUGUGGACCGUACGAAAUAAGCUUGUCAUUCAACGGGUCCCCCUUCGACGUGCUACUGAUGCUGUGUUCAAAUUGUGUGAUUUCUUGCAGCUUUGGCGGCCGCUUAGCCGUCACCAAGAUCGCGACGCCAUCACCUCCAUCAUCGCCGACCUUCGCUCGUUGGCUCUCUGCUUUGCUCCGCCGCUCCCUCCACCACCUCCCGAGCCGGAUUAGAUCCUUCGUUGUUGUCUCGAACGCUGCGGUUGUCCCGCCCCCUUUGUUUAUUUUCAGGGCUUGUUGAGCUGUGCCCUCAGCAGAACCCCUCAGCAGAACUUGCUAGAUUUGCAGCAAUCAAAGCACUGCUACACCAACCAACAAACACAUAGCAUGCAUUGCAGCUGCAACUGUAAGUGCAAAGUACACACACAAAGGCAGUGAAGCGUAAUCUGCAUCUACUCGGCAAAGGCUCCUGACCAUCAUAUGCAGUGUCCCCUGUGACACUGGCACUUCACCUCACCUGAUUGCAAUCACCGGGUUGCUGCAAAUGUACAAAGACAGGGUCAUCGUACCAUUCAGACAUGAUUGCUUUUGAAUGAGACUAACUAGCUUACCUCCCAAUCUCGUGAUGCAGGACGCCGUACCAAAUGGAACACAUCCAUAAAACCUGGACCCCAGAUGGUUGCAUAAUGCCUCUACCCAAUUUAGCAUCAAAGACUGUAGUAUGCACUUGAUUGCCUAGCCACUAGCCCACUAGUCCACUACCCUUGCCUCUACAGAUCAAGCUAUGGUCCAGCAAAAUCUGAUCUGAAUCUGGCUGCCUCCCUUUACAGACAUCAUUGCACACAGCUUGUCCCCUGUCAACUUCUAUUAAGUCUCACAUCUCUAUGCCUAUAUAUUCAGGGGCCAAGACAACAUCACUUCAUCAACAAACUCACAGACUAAGCAUUUCUGAGCAACAUACCUCCGAACCAAGAACACCCAGCCAUGACCAUGAUCCACCCCAAGAGACUUGCUCAGUUGGUGAGGAAGUGGCAAAGGGUCAAGCAGGUAGCAUCCAGAGACGACGAAGUAUGCUGCACGACAUCGCCAGUCGCAGAUAAAGGUCACUGUGCCAUCUACACGGCUGAUGGGAGGCGGUUCGAGGUCCCGUUGGAGUAUCUUGGCACGACAGUAUUUGGCGAGCUGCUAAGGAUGUCCCAGGAAGAGUUUGGGUUCACAUGCGACGGCAGGAUAACACUGCCCUUUGAUGCAGCAGUGAUGGAGUAUGUCAUGUGCUUGCUCAGUAGAAAUGCAUCGGAGGAAGUAGAGAGGGCGUUACUGAGCUCUGUAGUGAUGCCUUGCCAAUAUCUAAGUUGUACGGUGCCACAUGUAACGCUGCACCAGCAGCUUGCAGUUUGUAGCUCCUGAAUAUAUUCAGAGUGUUCCGCUCAUUGUUCUCCAUUUUGCAUCUGAAAAUAGUUCAACACCGAAGAAUGGAAAUUAAAUACUAUCAUACCAGCUUAUUGCAUUAUAUGAAGUAGUAUUAACUACAUGUAUACCAUUAGCCCAUAAGGUGCAGC